GGUGUCUUUGUUGUUGUCGUAGGUGACAAGAGGAAGUGGCCCCGAAGUGGACUGAGGGAAAUUACAAGUCAUUCUUCGCCAUUUACGUUGGAAGUGGUGUAAUAGAGUUUUAUAGAAACAAAGGGAGGCCCGUGCUCCGUAGGAAGAGAUCAAGUCGGGAAAUGACUCAAUUUAGAAAAUAAUUUGAGUGGAAGUUUGAUGCCCCCCGGAUCUGACACAUUGAGUUGAUUGUGAGAUUCUAGCAGACGGUGACCGGUGUCAAGGGAAUAUUUUUCCCUUUUUGAUGUCCUGUAGUAACGGGUCACCUCCUGUGAAACGAGCCCGCAUUGAAACCAACUCUGUUAAUAGUUCGCAGGAUUCUGAAGAAACCGUUGAUAGAAAUAUGAGUGCUGCAAAAAAUGGGACCACAGAUGAUAUCGAUGAAAGUCUCUAUUCUCGGCAGCUGUAUGUGCUUGGUCAUGAGGCCAUGCGCAAAAUGGCCCACUCCAAUGUCCUCAUCUCUGGCAUGAAUGGACUUGGUGUGGAGGUUGCCAAGAAUGUGGUGCUGGGUGGAGUGAAAUCAGUGACUAUUCAUGACACUCAGGAGGCUACCUGGUUUGAUCUCACAUCGCAGUUUUUCCUUCGUGAAGAAGAUGUUGGCAAGAACCGCGCAGAAGUGACCACGCCUCGAAUUGCGGAGCUUAACACCUAUGUGCCUGUGGCCUGCAACACAGAUCCUCUCAAGGAAGAUUUCCUCAAGCAAUUUCAGGUUGUGGUUCUCACAAACAGCUCCCAGGAGGAACAGAUUCGGAUCGGAGAGCUUUGCCAUGGAAAAGGAAUCAAGUUUAUAGCGGCUGCUACAUAUGGUCUCUUUGGCCAGGUGUUUUGUGACUUCGGUGAGGGGUUCGUGGUCUCUGAUCUGGAUGGCGAACAAUGCCUGUCUUGUAUGAUUGCAGACAUUGAACAGAGCCCAGAAGGUGUUGUGGCGUGUCUGGAUGAGACGCGUCAUGGUUUCAACGAUGGAGAUUACGUUACCUUCAGCGAGGUUCGUGGAAUGACAGAGCUCAAUGGAUGUAACCCAAUCAAGAUUAAAGUUUUGGGCCCAUACACAUUCAGCAUUGGAGACACUUCAAAGUUUUCAGCCUACGAGAGAGGGGGUACUGUCACACAAGUGAAGAUGCCACAAACAUUCAACUUUAAAUCCAUCAGCAAGUCUCUAGAUGAACCAGAGUUUUUGAUCACAGACUUUGCCAAGUUUGACCGACCCGCGAUCCUGCACAUUGCUUUCCAGGCCUUACACAGCUUUGUGAAGAAGACAGGACGUCUGCCAAAACCUCGCUCAAAAUCUGAUGCAGAGGAAUUUGUUAAGACCUUCAAAGAAGUGAAUGCUGGAAGUAAAGCCCAGGUGGAAGAUUUCAGUGACGAUUUGCUGAAUGAGUUUGCCUACACAGCUCAAGGAAGCCUCUGUCCUAUGCAAGCGUUUGUUGGAGGUGUUGCUGCUCAAGAAGUGAUGAAGGCAUGCUCAGGAAAGUUUACCCCUCUGAACCAGUACCUGUACUUUGAUGCUCUCGAGUGUUUGCCCAAAGACAAAUCUGUACUUACAGAGGAAGCAUGUGCUCCGAAAUCUUGCCGUUAUGACGGUCAGCUGGCCAUCUUUGGGUCCAGUUUCCAAGACACAAUUCAAAAUUUGCGUUACUUUUUGGUUGGAGCUGGCGCCAUUGGCUGUGAGAUGCUCAAGAACUGGGCCAUGAUGGGGCUGGGCACUGGGGAACGAGGCCAGAUCUUCGUCACUGACAUGGACCGCAUUGAGAAGUCAAACCUGAACCGUCAGUUUCUCUUCCGCCCCUGGGAUGUGGAGAAAGCCAAAUCUUCAACAGCAGCCAAUGCAGCUCGUGUCAUGAAUCCUAGUCUGAAGAUUGAUGCUCGAGAGGACAGAGUGGGACCUGAGACUGAGAACAUUUUCACAGACCAGUUCUUCGAAGGUCUCGAUGGAGUGACAAAUGCACUCGACAACAUUGAUGCAAGAAUGUACAUGGACAGGAGGUGUGUGUAUUACUGCAAGCCUCUCUUGGAGUCUGGCACUCUGGGCACCAAAGGCAAUGUUCAGGUGGUUAUACCUCAUGUCACCGAGUCCUACUCCUCUUCACAAGACCCACCUGAGAAGAGCAUACCUGUGUGCACUGUCAAAAAUUUCCCAAAUGCAAUUGAACAUACUCUGCAGUGGGCUCGUGAAGAAUUUGAGAAAGAAUUCCAUGAUGAUGCUGAAACUGUCAGUCAGUACAUCACCGAUCCAAAAUUCAUGGAGAGAACACUUAGAUUACAAGGAUCUCAGCCGCUGGAUAUUCUGGAAUCUGUGAAGCGAGUCCUGGUGGACGAAAGGCCAAAAUCCUUUGAAGAUUGUGUCAAUCUUGCACGGCACAUGUUUGCCCGUAACUACACCAACAGAAUCAAACAGCUGCUCUUCAAUUUCCCUCCAGAUCAGAAAACCAGCACAGGCGCACCAUUUUGGUCUGGCCCGAAGAGAUGUCCAUCUGCUCUAGUGUUUGACUCUUCCAAGGAGCAACAUCUUGAUUACAUUGUUUCUGCGGCCAACCUGAAGGCUGAGAUGUUUGGUCUGGCACAGCUGAGGGACAGGGCAAAGAUUAAGGCCAUGGUAGAUAAAGUUGUGGUGCCUGAAUUCAAGCCCAGGUCAGGGGUAAAGAUCGAGGUCAACGAUUCCGAGCUCGCUUCUGCUUCCAGUGACACGUCUGCGGCGGAUGACUUGUCCAACCUCCAGGCAGCACUGCCACCCCCAGCUUCCCUGUCCGAGGUCAAGAUCUCCCCAUUGGACUUUGAGAAAGACGAUGACUCCAACUUCCACAUGGACUUCAUCGUAGCAGCGUCAAAUCUCAGGGCCAACAACUACGGCAUCACAGAAGCGGAUAGACACAAGAGCAAACUGAUUGCUGGUCGGAUCAUUCCUGCUAUUGCCACAACCACAAGUAUGGUCGUGGGUCUAGUCUGCUUGGAGCUGCUCAAGCUGGCUCAGGGGCACAAGGACAUUGAAUCUUUCAAGAACGGUUUUGCCAAUCUUGCUCUGCCAUUUUUUGCCUUCUCUGAACCAAUUGCUCCCGCGAAAAACAAAUACUAUGAGAAUGAGUUCUCUCUGUGGGAUCGCUUUGAGGUGCAGGGAGAUAUGACCCUGCAGGAGUUCAUCGAUUACUUCCAGAGAGAACACAAGCUUGAGAUCACAAUGCUGUCUCAGGGUGUGUGCAUGCUUUACUCCUUCUUCAUGCAGCCCGCCAAGCGCAAAGAGAGAAUGGAUUUGCAGAUGAGCGAGCUUGUGAAAAAGGUUUCCAAGAAGAAGAUUCCGCCCCACGUCCAGGCCCUCGUGUUGGAAAUCUGCUGCAACGGAGAGGAUGGAGAAGACGUGGAGGUGCCCUACGUCAAGUACAACCUUCCUAAGUAGGAGCAAGUUGAUGGAGGACGACACCGCUGUGAAUAACUUUCCGUUAUGUCAGGCCAAGUGCAGAUGUAGAGUGAAAGAGUUUUGUUUUUUUUCUACCGUUUUCUUGAGAUACUUUAAUUGAAGGUUUGAAAGAAUCAGUUUUGUUGCUAAUAAUUAUUGAUUAAACUAUGGGCAUUUGGAGUACUGCUUGAAAAAAUAUUCCUUCGGUCGCGGUUCAUGUUUUAAGGGACUGUGUGACCGAGACAGGGUCGAAUUGUUGUCUGAACAGAUUUGGGUGGUGUGUUGAUUGAUGUCUUUUUUUGUGCUAUGUGCAGUAAUGGAUCAAAUUGCAUGUUUUGUCUCUUUUCCUGAAAUAUAUAUGCACUCAAUGAUAGCGUUUGGCGGCUGUUAAAUUCGUUUCCUGAAGGUCCUGAAAGCUAAAAAACCUCUUUAUUUGUCGAUGGGAAAGAGAUGUUGAGGUGUUCUUUAUGUGAAGAAAUCAAAUGAAGCCACUAGUAUGAAAUGACAAAAAUGUAAGUUGUAAACAUAAAUGUUUGAGAAGUAUUAAACAUGAAAGGGUCUUGUACUUUCUGUUGCUCCUUAAAUAUGUGCAAUGAAAUAUCCCGAGAAAAAUAUGUAAAAGAGUUGAGGGACGGAGGGGUGGGGGGCAGGCAUGGCAUGUCAGAGCUAUUGAGUUUAAGAAAGGAAUUUUUGUUGUUUCAGUCUUCUGUUGGAAGUAACUGUUCAUUCUGUUGUCUUUGUUAAAAAACACUUUCUGCUGUGUGUUAUGGUGAAAUAAAACAUUGUCAAAACAACCUUUGCUGCGAAAACAACCAACUUGUGUCCUGUGUGCUUGCACAACUGUAAACAGUUGCGAGAGGUGUAAAACUCAUCAAACUGAAACUGAUCCAUUGGCAGUAAAUGUAAUGAGACUGUUCUUUGCGACAAUACACAAUAAAACCUCAUGUUUGCAUGCAAUGACCCACUGAGAAGCAACAUUUUGUAGGAAGAGAGUAGGAGUUACUACUUACCGAAGGCGAAAACGUGUAACAACAAUGAGCUGUUUGUAUUCUACAUUUUUGGAUGCUAGAAUGGUAUUCCGCUAGCUCUGACUGGGUUGUCAACACACAACGGUUUGCUGCACUAUUCUUUCUUUUGAGCUCAUUGGAGAGUGUCUGAAAUCAAUAUAUUCUCCACUCAGGUUUUGUGUGUGUUUGUCUUCAAGGUAGUUUGUAGUGUAAUGUUUUGCACUGAUAGUUGUUCAAUUUCCAGAGCUGACCUGCACAAGGUGCUUCACAGAAUUGUAUGUGGCUAGGUGUUUUUGUUUUUUUUGUUUUUGUUGUUUUUGUUGGUGAAACGUGUAAGUCAUAUAUACGCAAAGUCAAAGUUGUGGUUCCACUUCUUAAUGUGUUUCUGUUGUACUCGAUUUAUUUAUUUUUUUGCUGUGUGGCCCGUGCAAACAGUGUGAUUACGCUGAUGAGCGCGAUUUAUUUUUGUUAGCUGGAAUGAAGAACCUGAAUUCUUUAGCUGUGUAUGUUGGGGGGGGGUUGUUUUUCAACUUUCAACUUUCUACUUUCUGUUCAGACUCGGAUCAAUACUCUUUUGGAUAUGAAGGAACUGUCUGUUUUCGGUGCUUCAAAUGUUUUGUUCUCACUGUUUAUUCUUCGGAUGUGCUCCAUGGAGCCUUGUCCUGUUCCUCUGGGGGUAAUUGUGUUCACUCAGUCGUCAAACUGCUGUACCGUCAGAUAGUAGUAGACUGCCUACCUCUUAAUAAUUUGUGGACAAUGAUUAUGAGAAUAGUUAGCACUCAUCAGUCAGGGAGCUAUAGAUCUAGGUUUUUUGUCGGCGAGCUUGCAUGCAGGUAUGGGUGUUGUUUGUGAACAAAUAUAAUGUGCAUUAUCAACAUAUUUUUUGCUUUUUUGUAUGGCAUGGUUGUUGGGUCGUAGAUCUAGGUGUGGGGAAUAGGUACUUGUACUGUAUCCCUCCAUCAUAUUGUGGUAUGAGACAAAAAGGGGUUCUUCCUGAAUUUUUACUAGGGACUUUUGAGAUUGUAUUGGACGUCAAAGUUUGUGAAUUUUUCAAAAGCGGAUAGGACCUUUUUCAUGUGAAGUGUUCUCGGAGCAGAAUUAGUCAUUUUGGAACGAAAUGCAAAUCCUCAUGAUGAAGAUAGAACCGGCAUCAAACUGUAACUACUAGAAACUUCUUCAAAACGCAGAUGAAGCCCUUUCAGUCUCAUAUGAUAAUGUGUGUCGCUGUGCUGCAUAAUUGAAAAAGUCAUUCAGGGGUUAUGUUGUAGUCUCUUUCUUUCUCUUGUGGAUAUAUUAUUAUUUUAUAAUAUGAUCUGUACUGGGUCAUGUUAGGGACUGUUUAAGAUCUUGUCCGUUCAGCUGAGGUUUCCACUCAUUCAUUGAUAUACAAUUCCUGUUAAACCUUUUGCUUUCCCAAUGUGAGCAUACAUGAAAAAUAAAUGCGUUGAAAAUUUCA